AGUCUACUUCUAGGUGGCCAACAAAACUAAAACCACGGGGCAGCCGCCCACACUCAUCGAUAUCGUUGAGCUUUGGCGAAGCUUGAUAGCUAGAGCGAGCGGGAAAUGGCGUCAGGCUGGGGGAUCACAGGAAACAAGGGCAGAUGCUAUGAUUUCUGGAUUGACUUCAGCGAAUGCAUGUCUCGUUGCAGAGAGCCUAAGGACUGCGCACUCCUCCGCGAAGAUUACCUUGAGUGCCUUCAUCACUCUAAAGAGUUUCAAAGAAGAAAUCGUAUUUACAAGGAGGAGCAGCGUAAAAUACGUGCAGCUGCACGAAAGACCAAGGAGAGUGGGGAUGGCAUUGAUAGCCAUCAUGCAUAACCAAUAAUUGAUUGUCUUUUGAAAUUCUAGCAAUAAAGAACAUGCAAAGAUGUAUUUUCCAUCCAUCCGAUAUUCAAACUUUGUUCAAGUGAUUAUGUUUUUGUUAAUUUCAGAAUGGAGAUGAGAAUGUGGGUCUUUUUAA